CCUAACUCCCUAACAUCACAUCGAGCAGCACCUGGCAACGGAGUGUGUGCGACGUUCUAGCGCGAAGACUCUGCAAAUUACUCAGUGGCCAUUUGUAAAACGGUACUGCAUGCUCUCUUGGAUAUCAUUCCCAUUGACAUCAACUGUUCGAAUAGCAUUUUCAAAUUACUAUUGACGUCGACAAAUACUUCAGACGAAGGCACAUGAUAAUCUGCUAAUAGCAUUUACAUUUGACCAUUGAAACGUGUUUGGUGCUAGAGUGUACCAAUCACACGAUGAGCGAGGAUCAAAAUGGGAAAGUUGUCAGACGACGCAUAAUUCGAGUUUCAGAUUCAGAUUCUGACUGUGAACAACUCAAGAAUUUGAAUGUCUCCCUGUCAACGGUACCCACGCCAAACAGGGCACUUAUUGUUGAAGAACGCGAGCGGAAAGUCCACUAUCUGAUCAAAGUAUUCCCCAAUUUGCAAGCGUCGGAGGUAUAUGAGCAACUUGCAAAUGAUGAGUUUGACCUAGCAAAGACUGUUUCCCAGCUGGAGGGCAAACAUGGCAAUGUUGUAACCAUCAGCUAUGACAAGUGGAAGCUGGACGAGAAGAUCAAAAUGCAGGCCUAUGCAAAGCAAAAGAGGCCCCCUGCUGAGAGAAAGAAAGCAUCAAAAGCAAAAAGAAGAAAGGUGGACAACAGUGAUAGCAAUGAUUCAGACACUAAUUAUGCUGACACAAGAGUAUUUGACUCAGAUGAAGAUUCUGAUGUAGAAAUCUCAGAUGUGCUCACACCCAGCAAGAAGAAGGUGCUGGAAUUUAUGGAAACUGCAACAGCCAGUGAGCUGCAAUUGAUGCAUUCAUGUUCAAAGAAGAAAGUGGAUGCUCUUUUGGCAUCUAGACCCUUCACCGGAUGGAUUGAUCUGGUUGAAAAGUUACAAGGCAACAAAUACUUGAGCACGGAUCUCUUGAACUCCGCGCAAAGAGUUAUAUCGACGCGCCAGAAUGUAGCCGCCCUGAUGAAUAAAUGCUCCAAAAUUUCUGAACAAUUAGAAUUUGCCGCAAAACGCGAGCACGCUAUCAAAUCACAACCGAAAAAUCUAUCGGCGGGGCUAAAACUGACUGGUUAUCAACUGGUGGGUGUAAACUGGUUGGCAAUGCUGCAUGAACAAGGCCUGAAUGGAAUCCUUGCUGAUGAAAUGGGCUUGGGUAAAACAAUCCAAGUGGUAGCGUUCCUCGCACAUCUUAAGGAACGCAACAUCUCAGGCCGGCAUCUAAUUGUGGUCCCCGCCUCCACCCUGGAGAACUGGCAAAACGAAUUCGAGCGUUGGUGCCCGUCGAUUAAAGUCUUACUGUAUUACGGUAGCGCCGAGGAGCGUCGCAACUACCGUAUCAUGUUCUCCAAAGGUGAGCACAGGGCGUACGACGUUGUACUAACUACAUACAAUAUCGUUGCGGGCACGCCCGAGGAACGUAAGAUGUUCCGUGUGACGCCUAUGCACUAUGUUGUUUUCGACGAGGCACACAUGCUGAAAAAUAUGAAUACGCAGAGAUUCGAAACUUUAUCACGAAUUCGUGCCACAAAGAGAUUACUGCUCACCGGUACGCCGCUACAAAAUAAUCUUCUGGAGUUGAUGUCGUUGUUGAUCUUCGUCAUGCCGAAUAUUUUCUCCGCUAAAACUGAAGAUCUCAAAAGCUUGUUCCAGAAAAACGCCAAAAAAGACAAUGAUCCUGAUAACACGUCAAGCUUCGAGAAGGGCCAGGUUGACCAUGCGAAGCGAAUUAUGAAGCCCUUUGUCCUGCGACGCCUUAAACUUGAUGUGUUGAAAGAUUUACCACCGAAAACAGACACAAAGUUGAUGAUUCCAAUGUCGGAUGACCAAGAGACAAAGUACCAAGAACUAGUCGCGCAUUUUCAAGAGAUUGGUAUGCGCGCAGAUAGCGGAGCUUACAAUGGCAUGUCGAUGAUGACCGACUUGCGUAAACUGGCAAAUCAUCCCUUACUACAGCGCUAUCAUUACACCGACGCGACCAUAAAAACUAUAGCCAAAUGUCUCGCGAAAGACCCAGACUACAAAGACACCGUUGUGGAAUACAUCGUUGACGAUCUUGCCUGCAUGUCCGACUUCGACAUCAACGAGAUGACCCAGGAGUAUCCACUCUCCAUAGGUAAAUUUGCAAUGCCUAAGAAAUUGAUUCCCAUAUCGGGCAAAUUCGCCUACUUGGAUGAAACUCUCCCUCAGUUGAAGCGCGAGGGGCAUAGAGUGCUGAUCUUCAGCCAGUACGUUAUUAUGUUAAACAUUCUCGAGGUUUAUCUUAAGAUGCGUAACCAUUCCUUCCUACGCCUGGAUGGCAACACUCCUGUCACGCUUCGGCAGCAACUCAUCAACGAGUACACCGAGGACGGAUCGAUAUUUAUAUUCUUGUUGAGUACGCGAGCUGGUGGUUUGGGAAUCAAUCUGACAGCCGCCGAUACGGUCAUCAUUCACGACAUCGACUUUAAUCCUUAUAACGACAAACAGGCGGAGGACAGGUGUCAUCGCAUGGGUCAAACGCGCCCGGUCAACGUUAUUCGGCUUGUCUCGAAGGACACGAUUGAGGAGGCAAUGUGGGAGUUGACGCAAGAAAAACUCAAACUCGAACGAGACAUUACCACUGAUGAUUGUGAUACCGCCGAUGUGAAGAGCGUGGUGAGUUUGCUGUCGACAGCACUGAAAAUUGACCAAGCAAAGGUCAACAAUUUGUGCUCUCCGGAAAAGCUCAAGUUAAAUGGGAAAAAUUCGAGCUUUUCAAUGUAAAAUAUAGAAUCACAACUGCUCGAACCCCCGCUGUGCGGACAAUGGUGCAGUUACCUUUUUAUAAGUUUAUUAUUACUAUUUAUUUAAUGAUAUUACUUACUAUUUACUAUUAGUACAACUCCUUACAAUUCCAAUCAGAAUAAUAGAUAAUUAAUUAAGCAGUGGAA